AAGUUCUUACACUCAAUUAAUCUUGUCAUCCCCCAGAUUAAUUGUCAUCACCCAAGUUUGCUUUCUGCAUUUGUUUCCGGUUCAUAAUAGUACUUACCGUUUCGUUCCUACGUACCCUUCCUUGUGCCGACUAUCAUUCAUAAUAUGCCUUCGUUUUCUCAAAUGGAAAGAGCAAGAUCAUUUCUUCAGUCUCCCACUUAUGGAAACCUCGUCACUGUCCUUAGCAUUGACGGAGGUGGUAUCCGAGGGAUUAUCCCCGGAACUAUACUCAGCUUCCUAGAGUCUGAGCUUCAGAAGCUGGAUGGUGAAGAUGCAAGGCUGGCAGAUUACUUUGAUGUAAUUACAGGGACUAGCACAGGUGGACUUGUGACUGCCAUGCUUACUACCCCAGAUGAAAAUAAUCGUCCCUUGUUUUCUGCUAAAGAUAUUAACGCUUUCUACCUCGAACACUGCCCGAAAAUCUUCCCCCAGGGCAGCGCUCCACUAAUUGGUGAAGCCGUGGAUAUGGUUAAAAAUUUGACAGGACCAAAAUAUGAUGGGAAAUAUUUACAUAAUAUAGUGAAGGAAAAAUUAGGAGACAAACGAUUGAACGACACAUUGACUAACGUUAUAAUCCCAACUUUUGAUAUAAAGCGGCUCCAACCAACCAUCUUUUCCAGCUAUGAGGCCAAGAAGAAGAGUUGCGUAGAUGCUUUACUCUCGGACAUAUGUAUUGCAACUUCAGCAGCACCAACCUACCUUCCAGCACAUCAUUUUGAAACCAAAACUUCCACUGGUGAAACAAGAGAGUUCCAUCUCAUUGAUGGUGGUGUCGCUGCUAAUAACCCGGCUUUGGUUGCCAUAAACGAAGUCACGAAGGAAAUCCACCAGGGAAAUUCCGACUUCAACUUUUCCACGAGACCAACUGAGUAUGGUCGGUUCUUAGUUGUAUCGUUGGGUACUGGUUCUGCAAAAUGUGAGGAGAAGUACCAUGCCAAUGACGUAGCUAAAUGGGGUCUUUUGGCAUGGUUGACAAGCGGAGGUUCUUGUCCACUCAUCGAUGUAUUUACCCAAGCCAGUAGUGACAUGGUUGAUUUUCACCUUGCCACUGUUUUCCAAGCUCUUAACUGUGAGAAAAGUUAUCUUCGAAUCCAGGAUGAUACAUUGGAAAAGACAGUGUCUUCAGUAGACAUUGCUACGAAGGAAAACUUGGAUAAUCUUGUGAAAGUCGGAGAGAAUUUGCUGAAAAAGCCUGUUUCAAGGGUGAAUAUGGAUACCGGUGCCUUUGAACCUGCCCAUCAAUCUACAAAUGAAGAGGCUCUCGUAAGGAUUGCUGGAAUUCUGUCUCGGGAGAGGAAGGUCCGUGAAACGCAAUCACCACAUGGAAAGGCCGUAACCAACAAGUCCAACUGAUGAUCAAGCUGCUUUCUCUCACAAACACUUAGUAUUCCCUUUAAUAAAAUUCAAUUUUUAUUUGGAAGAUUAAUCAAUUCAUUUGAGAUAAAAUAAAGCACUAUAUAGAAAAAUAAUUAACCAUAUGGUGAAAUUAUUGCUAAUUAGUUACUCUUGUAAUUCAGUACUGAAAUUCAAUAUUUUCUCUCCCAAUAAAUACCACUGGGCUUCUUGGUUUUGAUUA